AGAGUGUCCUUCGCAAGGGAUAGUUCACGCGCGCGCGUUCUUUCCUUCUCUCUGUACAUCAUUAAAAAUUGUGCACCACAAAGCCAAACAUCACACAUCAGCUUGGUAUCUCGCAUAUCGUGUGUGCCGUACUGUUUGUUACCUUAUAUUGGUGUGGCACACAUCUGCACGAGUGUCCCGACCGCCGGGUGUUCCGAGACAGACAUAAAGAGACGACCACCCGAGACAGAAUUCCGUGUGAGCCGAAAAGUGGGUGGAAGUCGGAGUGUUUCUUUUUCUGCGCUAUAUGCUCUGGAAUUUCCUUUCCGUCGUGUCCUGGGAGCCUCUUUGGAAUUUCCCGAAUUUGAGGAAUACGGAAUCUAUCGCUUUUUGGACUUCUUAUCUAGCAGCUAGCCAACAUCGUCGCCGAAUCCCGGAAGGGUUGACAGUGACCUUUGCGGGACAGCCAGUGAAAUUAGUGCACACCUUCGUCCCUUCCGCUGAUUGGUAGAUAUCUAGUCGGUUUCGUGCAAAAUUUUCGCGUCCCGUUCGGUUGAUCAAUGUGUGUGGAAGUAUGUGAUGCUUUGUUUGAAGGUUAGACGAAACGGGAGUAGUGUGGGAAGAUUGUUGCGAGCUUACCAACCUCUGCCAGCCGCCUGUUCGACAAGUUCACGUUGAGAGACGGGUGUGGAGACUCCCCUGGGAGUCUUGUAGUCGCGUGAAACGAAAGCACUGUCUGCUGAAGAUAGUCAAGUGAAGAGGAAAAUUCUCUUAUUCAUCGAUAGCCCCGGAUGUAGGCAACUUUCUUGUUCCUUACCACUCCCCUUCCCCCUCCUCUACAGAGAGAGCAGACAAGGAAAACUUCGGAAAGUGAUUGAAAAGUGAAAAAUUGGAAGAAGCAAAAAAAUCAAAUACUUGGAAAUGGAGCAAACCAAAUAAGAUUAACGGAAGAAAUAUUCAGAAGAAAGAAAUUUCCGGCCUAGGCAGAGUGAGUCCCGUGGAUUGAAGAAGUCGCUUCCGUGGACGGAAGGUGGUGAAAGUUGUGUUUCUGAAUUUUCGCCAAGUGGAUAUUGCAAAGCAGUCAUGAAAGUGUGUGCGUCUUGGGAAGUUUCUUCUCUGCUUUGAGAGUGUUGUUGUUCGGUGGAAAAUCGAGUCCGUCGUCGCCUAUAAUGCCGACACGGUUUUUUGGAGAAAUCACCGAAAAGGCGAAUUGAAUAACACUGCCUGGCAAGUUGAAAGGAAAGUGAAGGUUUUUUUUCUGCAUUGAACGACAGCCUGUGGUUGAUGGAAAAGUCAAUAGAAAGAGGAGAUGCAGUGGCAGAAUUUUGAAUUGGACAAGGCAGUCAGUGUCUGGAGAUAAGAGACCAACCGGUCAGGCGGAAAACUAAAAGACGGCACAGCUUCACCAAAACCUUCGGGUAGUUGAUGGCGGUUGCUCCCGAGGCUUCCGGUGUUGUCACUAGAAGAGAGGUCGCCGGGUGAUAAAAACCGGAACAGCCAACAACAACAACAAUUACUCAACUGUGAAUUCCGAAAAAGCACUCUGCAGUGGGCGACAUAAAUUAAGAGAGCACGCUUUCGACGAGCGAGGUUGCAACACAGGAUAUAAAGCAAAUAAAUAAUCAUCAUUAUUAUCAUCAAACAUAAAACACACCACGAGUCGGCGUCGGAAGAAGACAAUGCUUCGGGGUUGCGAAAGGGUGAACCGGUUGACACUCUCUGUACGUGGCUGAAUUGUGCAAAGUGAUGGCAGCUACUGCAAACAGCAUAAAACGGCAUCCCUCAUUAAGUCAUCAAAAACUAGUGAAUAAUUUAGUGUAAAAGCACUUCGGGAAUGGAGUAAUAAAAAUUAAAGAGCAUUUAAUGAAAAUUUAAAACAAGAACCCAGCAACGAACGUCUACCGCUCUACAUUCCGGUCGGAAAAGUUUCCACUUCAUCCAGCACAUUUUCCAGCUUCUGUGUGCGGAGCAAAAACUAUCCUACCUUCCGUUAGCUUCGAACAUUCUACAUGUAUGAGCAGAGAGUCAACACAGCAGAAAUUGGAGACAUCCUGUUCGACCUCACGCUCUCUUGCACCGAUUCCAUCCAAAACUAAUUCCCGUGUACAUGAGAUUAAAGUGUUUAUUCUGGAACGUCGACUAUAAACUCUAUCGUCAUCUAUCCUGCUUGCUUCUAUCUCGCUUGAACUCUGCAGCAGCCAUCGGUUCCUCGUCGUUUCCUGCAACGUCCUCUCCGCGUAGCAACCGAUUUUUAAGACUAAACUUUCAUCCUCUCCGAUCGCCCGAUAAGCACCUCGGUAGCACCGAAUUUCAGUGAAACGAUACCAAUCAGCUCAGUGUUGGCCGUGGAUAAGUGCUCAUAAAAUAAUUGCAGUGACUAUCGACGAGCAAGAGUUUUAUCGUUAAACAAAGUGUAUGUUGGGGGAAGUUUGAACCGUUCAAAGAGUGUUGAAGUGAUUUGUGGUUCGCACUGAUUUGUGAGGUUGUUUCCGGCAACGAACGGCUUUUGCACAUUGAUGGAUUACAUUUGUCGCCGUUAGGAACGAAGGUGAUGACGUCAUGAUACCACCAGCCGAUCAGAGAAUUAGGAUUAUAUUUUGUUGGAACCUUGUCUUAACAUGUUUCUUCAUCAGUCAACACAUCCUGCCGGCGACCACGGCAAACAGUGGCGCCGCCGAAGCAAGUCUCCGUUUGCUAGAUGACACCGAGCUUGACUUGCUGGACAUUGAGCUCCAGCACAAGCCGCAAAACGAUAGAACCACCUUUUCGUCCUUAACGUCCUUACCCGCGUCGCAGACAGAACCCCGCGGAACGUCCUUUACCGCCAGCCGUGGCAACGCUAGGAUAAACAAUAAUCAUAAGAUAAAUUUAGUGUCUUAUACAGCGAAUCUAGAUAAUAUUUUGAACAGUCUCGAAGACGACGAAGAUGAUGACGACGACGAUCGGCGGUACGGGUUAGAUGACCGCCGAAUCGUUUCCGGUGCCAAACUGUACGAACGGAAUCACGAGGCCAAUGUGCAGCGCGACGAAGACGAAGCUGCCCAACCGGUACACCACCGGUUGCUAGUUAAUCAAAUUGUCCAAAGGUACUACCCCAACCACCGACGCCACAGGAGGUCGCUGCUGCAGCGGAGGUCGGCACGAAGCACAGACUCCACUGGAGCACCACUCAAGCGCCAAGAAGUAGCUAUUGCAUUCACCUCCUCCACACUGUCUCCCAGUUCUUAUUCUGCUUCUUCAACACUUUCUCCACCGGCUUCUGUGUCACGGCAGGUGACACGGACCGAACCUGUUGUACAUGAUCCUUCCAACCAGAGUAGUAGUAAUUACGAAACCAGUGAAUACGACAAACCAGAAAAGAAUGGGAGGAUGGCUGUGAAAAAUAUUAUUAGGAGUAAUAAUAGUGAACAUAAUUUCGUAAGAAACUUGACGCUCGCUAAUGCUGAACAUUCAUCAUCUGACAAGAGGCGGGCCACUGAAGAGGGGACCACAAAUGAAGGGGAAGCAGGAAACACUGCAGCAGCUGUGUCUGCACCCGACCCGAAACGACAAGAUGCUGUACCGGAUGUAGAGCACCAGAAGGAAGCCGAAUCGGCAUCCGUGGUAGGUGGUAAGACUGGCACCAAGUCGACCCCAGAAACUAAUACAUCAACCCAGAGAGCAGUUGUUACAUCACAAACACAAACAUCAUCACCAACGUCAGCAGUGGAAGUGGCAUCACCACCAGAGUUGGAAUCCGUUGUCGAGCGAACAAUAACUCCACGGGAGGAACAUUUGCCGCAAAAUAGCUACAGUGCCAUUAAUGUCGACAGUUUCAAUUUGCUCGACGAUAGCGUUUAUGUCAGCAACAGUAGCAGCAGUAGAACGAUGACUUCAGCCAACCACGGCGGUAGUUCCUUUUCCACUUCCCAACAGCAGCAGCAGCAGCAGCAUGAAACCCUCAACACUAAUAACAUAUUUGCUAGUGAAAACUUUGAUGAGCAAAUUAUUUUCCUCAACGGUGGAGAUUUGCUGGAGGCCAGUCCGGAGCAGUACGACAUGCGGCAAUUUGGCAAAGUGGAGCGGGACGUCAAGAUGGGUGACCUGAGGAAUAGCGACCCGUUCCUGAACGAUGAACCGGUGGCCAUGGCACUGAGACCCAUUAUCCGGGGGCCGACCGAUGAGCACACCGAGGACAAUGUGGGACUGCGUUAUGCCGAGCAGCACGAGACUAUUCAGAUGGCUUGCGAUGUCGAUGCGGACAUUACGUCCAGUGUGUGGCUCAAGGACGGCCAGAUGGUGCACAUAAUGGACAAAAAGUCACGAACCGAUGACGUUAAAUUUGUGCGGGAGUCGCACGGGGGCAUCACCAUUUCCAACGUUAUGCUCGAGGACGAUGGCGUGUGGCAGUGCGAGGCCGAGAACGCUCGGGGUUUCUUCUUCAACGGGAGACCGAUUAAGUUGGUGGUGCUCGAUCCUCCCAAGGAACCGUAUCUGCUGAUCGACCAACGAAGGCUCGACGCGGGAAACAUGUUCAUCCCGGUGAAGGAAAACUCGGAGCUGACAUUGGCUUGCGUAAGCGAAGGAGGCAAUCCGAAGCCGUCGCUCAGCUGGGAAGUGCUGCUCAGUCCCGGAAUCGACCGUCACGCACAAAAAAUCUCCAACGAUGUGCUGGAACUGCAGGAGAUUAAACGAGACAAGGAUAAGGAACCGUACAGAAUAAACACCGGUGCCAUUUCGGAAGCAAAACUUCCGGCCGUAUUUCGGGUGCAUCACAACGCGAGAAUUCUGUGCGUCAUGGAGCAUCCCACACUCAAAAUGCGUCAAAACGCCUCGAUCCUGCUAGACGUUCAGUAUACGCCCUCGUUUGCCAUCACCCGGACGCCCGGCUUCGGCUAUCCGCUGCGGGAAGGCAUCGAAGUGUCGCUCAAAUGCGACGUCGACUCAAAUCCACCGUCAAUGCCGGUCUGGCAGAAAGACGACGGCGAAACUCCGGUGCCGCAGACUGGCGAUGGAUUCCUCAAUUUCAGCUCCAUCCGGCGGGAACACUCCGGCUGGUACAAGUGCACCUCGCGGCAUCUCAAUUUCCAGUACUCGAGCAUUGGAUACUAUCUGAGCGUGAGAUAUGAUUCCGUCGACGUCACAUCGGAACCAGUCGAGCAAGAUCUACCGCUUUCUUCGUCGUCCUCAUCUUCAUCAGCCACUUCGGCGGCCGCUGGUCUUCAGAACGGUGCUAAUAAUUUCAAAGGUGGCCAAAUGGAAGUGGAACUCGGUGGCUCCGUCACGCUUCAGUGUCCGCAGGGUUCGCUCGGCUGUUGGUCCCAUUUGGAUCCGAUAACGGCGCGACUCAAGGGGCUCGGAGUCGGUAUCUCCACGCCGACCGGCCAGUUUUCGCUGAAGGACGUCGUCUACCAGGAUGCCGGCACGUACAAAUGUGUUGGACAGAGUUCAACCAAUCGCAAAAAGCUCGAAGUACUGCAAACGGUUUCGAUUGCUGUUAAAGGUGCUCCAACGGUGAUUGCUCGAAAUACAACGCCGGUGGCUUAUCCGGGGUCUCCGCUGCAUCUGUCCGUGGAGUUCUGUGCCAAUCCGGCGGCAUACGCGGCUCGAUGGCUGCACGGCGAUUUGGUCUACACACCUGGCAAGAAGUACGGCGAUGAUGUGCUGGCCUAUGGAUUCAUUGAUCUGCCGACACCAUUCUGCAAGGAGGCACGUCUAACCUACGUGCACAUGCACGAGAAAGUUCCUCGUACGUUUUAUUUCAUCGUAUCAUCGCCAGGUGGCGUUGCGGAAGCGAUCUUCAACGUGAACUUUACGCUCAAGCACAAAACCGGUGGUUCGUCGCUUCUGUCCACUUCAUCCUCGUCCUCAUCCGGGCCGUUCGGGUCCUCAUCCCUCUCGUCAGCAUCGGCGUCCUCUGCUGCUUCCGGUGGUGGACUCAGCAGUGGGGGCUCCGGCUACAAAAUCAACACCAACACCAUCAACAAUCUGCCCGGCAACGGUCUCGACGAGAACGAAGAACUGAUGGAACCGGAAGAGAUUCAUUUUCCCAUCUUUGGCAACGGCGCAAACUGCCCGCUGUCCCAUCUCUGUAAGCAUCACUCUACACUUUAUCGUUGUUACUCCGUACUCCUACUAGCAUUGUUGACGUGUUUUAGAUAUGUUUUAUUAAGGUAUUAAUUAAAG